AUGUGCAAAAUCCUUAUUAUGCCCACUAUAUACGAGGAAAUCUGUGCAAUAUAUGACACCCAAACGCAGAAUAAUCAAAGUUCAUUGACAAAUUUGAAUAUUUCUACAAUUUAUGGUAAAGAUUUAAAUCCAGAUGCAUCUAAUAACAAUUAUACUCCCAACCCUUCCGAGAAAAUCUGUGCAAUAUAUGACACUCAAACGCAAAAUGAACAAAGUUCAUUAACAUAUUUGAAUAUUCCUGCAAAUUCUGCUAAAGAUUUUAAACCCGAUUCAUCUGAUGAUAAUUAUGCUCCCAACUCGUCUGACCUAGAAACUGAUUCUUCUUACUCCGACGAUAGUGAUGGUGAUGAUAGCGUGAUAACUUACUAUGAAAACAGUUCUGAAAUCGAAUUAGUUCAAAUUCUUGAAAAUACUCAAUGUACAGAAAACAAUAAUUUUGACGAGUGGGAAGACAUUAACGAUACAAAACCUGAUUUCGAUGAAUUCACAGAUAAUUGUAGACCAAACAUUCCGGAUAAUACUAUUACGCCAGCAGAUUUUUACAGUCUAUUUGUAACGGAUGAAAUUAUUGAGCAAAUGGUAAUAAACACAAACAAUUACGCACAAGAUCUUAUUAGUAAUCUAAGUAAUCUUAAGCCUAAAUCACGCUUGCGAGCCUGGACUCCUACAACUCUAGAGGAGAUGAAAAAAUUUUUAGGAGUGCUACUGACGAUGGGUCUUGUAAGAAUACCACGUUUAAAUGAUUACUCGUCGAAAAUAAACAUCUACAAUAAUAAAUACAUUAGUUUAGUUAUGACAAGAGAUCGAUUUCUGCUAAUUUUGAAAUUUUGGCAUUUUAGUCAAGAGUCACCUAACGACACAGACAAAUUGAAAAAGAUAAGGGAUACUUUUAAUAAGAUUUUAGAAAAAAUGCAAACCCUUUUGGAGCCAGGUCGGUAUCUUAUCAUAGAUGAAAGCAUGAUUCCGUGGCGAGGGAGGUUGAAAUUUCGCCAAUACAUUAAAAACAAGUCCCACAAAUAUGGAGUGAAACUAUAUAAGCUCUGCACUCCAGAAGGAUACACAAGAAACUGUAUUAUAUAUACAGGUAAAGGAGAUAAUGGUCGAGAAACUAAUCAUGGAAAGGAAACAGUAUUAAGAUUAAUAAAAGGAUUAGAAAAUAAUGGAAGAAUAAUAAUAACAGAUAAUUUCUACAAUUCCAUUGAUCUUGCAGAAGAACUUAUACGUAAAAAGACCUUCAUGUGUGGUACUCAGAGACCAAAUCGGAAAGGAAAUCCUAAGAAAAUAAUAUCCAUAAAAUUGAAACGAGGUCAAAUAGUAGGAAAAAUGAACCCAAAUGGGGUAAGAGUUAUAAAGUGGACAGAUAAGAGACCGGUUCAUAUGAUUUCUACGUGCCGAAAUCACAAUUUGACUCUUAAAUCUACAGGUAAGACGAACCGAAUCACUGGAAACAUAAUUAAAAAACCACAAUGCGUCAUAACAUACAAUGAGAAUAAAAAAGGCAUCGAUUUUAACGACCAAAUGUCUUCAUAUUAUUCUAGCUUGUAA